UCGCGGCCGUCACUUGUUUGUGGCGUCUGAGGUAAACAUUGUCCUGCUGGCCACAGUGCUGCUCACACUGCUCUACGCUGAUCUACGCUGCUCUACGCUGCUCUACACUACGGGCUCUGUUCUACACUACCGGCUCUGCUCUACACCUUACCCCACUACUCUACAAGACACCGUAGCAGCAAGUUAGCACCAUGAACGCGCCGCCAACCUUCGAGUCAUUUCUCCUUUUUGACGGAGAAAAGAAAAUUCUUAAAGAGGUUGACACUAAGGUACCUAAUGCUGCCAUCUACACCAUCAACAAGGAAGAUCACACUCUGGGUAACAUGAUCCGUAUGCAGCUGCUCAAGGACCCAAAUGUAAUGUUUGCUGGCUACAAGAACCCACAUCCCCUAGAACACAAGGUUGUGCUUCGUGUUCAGACAACAGAUGCCAGCUACACCCCACAUGAUGCCUUCAUGAAUGCCAUCACCGACCUCAUCUCUGAACUCUCGCUUCUAGAGGAAAGAUUCCGAGAGGCCAUACGAGAGAAGAAGGAAGGGUUCGACUAAGGUUCAUUGUACUGUACAGUACUUGGUAUUAUUCAUUCUCAUGCCAUUAUUUUAGUAACUUAUCACACAUCAUUAAGCCUUAAGAAUUAAGACAUUAUUUUUAUAGGGUUAGGUGGGACAUUUAAGCUGCAGAUGUAAAAUUAUCUUCUCUUUGUAAUUGUAGGUUUCUCUACAGGAAGUUAGUUUCUGAAUAGAAAAUGUAUGAUUGUUUAAUGUCAUGUAUGUGUUCAUAAUAUUGCAAAAGCAUAUGUUGUUAAUUUGCUUAUAACUAUAUCCCGACUGUACAUUAGUCAAUUUUUUUUGUCACAUUAUAUUUAGGAGUUCAGCAUUGUUUGUUUUAAUUAAAUCACAUACCACUGUUUGUAUGUAGAUUUCUUUGGAUUUAUUAUACCGUUACAAAAUGUUUCAACCUAACCAAUAAAUAGCAUUUACUUUA